AUGCCAAAAGCACUAGGAAUUACAAACAACAGUUUCCAAGUUGGCUUUAUACUUCUGGGCUUCUCUGAAUGGCCCCAUCUAGAAAUGAUUCUCUUCUGGAUUGUGAUCAUCUUGUACACCAUGAUCAUCCUCUCCAACUCAACCAUUAUCUUGCUCUCUUAUGUGGACCCUCAUCUCUACACCCCCAUGUACUUCUUUCUUAGCAAUCUUUCUUUCUUGGAUCUCUGCUUCACUACAACUGCUGUGCCCCAGAUGUUGUACAAUUUGUGGGGGCCAGACAAGAGCAUCACCUACACAGGCUGUGUCAUCCAACUCUCUGUGUUGCUCUGUCUUGGUGCCACAGAAGGUGUCAUGUUGGUGGUGAUGGCAUUUGACCGCUAUGUAGCUAUUUGUCAGCCCCUGCACUAUACAAUCAUCAUGCAUCAUCAGUUCUGUUGGAAGCUGGUGCUCAUAGCCUGGAUGUCUGGAUUGAUGGAAUCUGUAACCCAAUCUCCCAUCACAUUCCAACUUCCUUUAUACACCCACCACCAUUUGGAUGAUUUUAUUUGUGAAGUUCCUGCUUUCAUACGCCUGGCAUGUGGAAAUACCUCUGCCAUUGAAUGGCAAAUGACCAUCUCUGCUGACCUUUUCACCAUUGUGCCAAUGGGGUUAAUCCUGACUUCUUAUGGCUACAUAGCUCAAGCCUUAGGUAAAAUCCAAUCCAAGGAUGGAAGGCAGAAGGCCAUUGCCACCUGUUCUUCUCAUCUCAUUGUGGUCCUCAUGUUUUAUGGGACAGUGGCCAUGGUUUAUACAGACCCUAAGAAUGACUUUGCUUCAAAUUAUGGCAAGUUAUUCACUUUCUUCUACACUUUAGUCACACCAUUGUUGAACCCUCUCAUCUAUACCCUAAGGAACAAAGAAGUGAAGGAUGCUCUGCAAAGACUCCUGAGGAAGGGGAUGUGUAAAUGGAAAAAGUAG